CCUGUAUAUGUAGGGUGGCGACGGGUCAGGACAUAGUCCUUUCCUGCUUGCGAAAGGGAAGAAAAAACGGACCAUGGAAAAGAAACAAUUGGAUGGAAUACAAGCUGACAAUAUUUGCAACCGAAUCGAUCUUCUUGGAGCACUUGCCUCUUUGAUUUUGGAUUUGAAUCCUUCAUUUUACACAAGCUGGUUGGAUUCAAGAUUGCGCAAAGUGGCAAGAUCCGUGAUAUCAAGAAAGGACAAGUUGAAUGGGUCAGAUUUAGAAGCUGUUUCGGCAGAAAUCCAGCGUUUCCGAUUCUUCAUAUUACUGGACGCUAUGCGA